AGGGCCGCCGAGCGCACGUCCGAAACCGAAGAUGGGUGGGGAGGCGGGGGUGGGGAGCCGCACCGAACCCGCACGGCGGCACGACCGCAUUCCUCACUCACUCGGGUCCCCGUCAGCCGUGCGGCCCGAACACGGAGGUCGCGACGUGCAGAGAGUACCCGACGCUAAAUGCGACGCCGACUGGAGGCAACCGCAGGCCGGACCCUGGGCUGCGGCGGGCGGAACGCGGGCAGCGCCCACCCGGGCCCGGGCACCCCGCUCCGUACGCGCCCCCAAGCCCCUCGGCCUCCGCCCUCCGGCCCCCGGCCGCGCCCACACCGCCAGGUCCCGCGCGGUGUCGUCGGGACUCCCGGUACCUGUCAGGACGGAAGGCCCGCCCGGACCUAGGCGCCCUCACGGCUCCCAGGGCCCUCCGCCGCCCCUCGGCAGCGGCUUCCGGAGCUCAGGCGGCGCCUCCUCCACGGCCCCGGGCCGGCCCGCACCCCCGGGCCGCAGCGGCGGUGGCCGCCGAGGAGCAGCCCCGGCCGCCUGCGCUCAGCGCCAGGGCCGCGGCCGCCGCUCUCAUGACAACCAGACGGGCCGGGCUGGGCCGCGCCUGCGCACAAAACGGGGUCUCCCCGCCUCCACUUCUCCGGGCCUUCUGGGUAAUGGAGUCUCGGGGAGGACGGCGCCUGCGCACAGGCGGGGCUGCCGCUCCACUUCCCCAGGCCUUCUGGGUAAUGAAGUCCCCGGAGGACGGCGUCUGCGCGCAAGGCGGGGCUGCACCUCUGCUUCCCCGGGCCUUCUGGGUAAUGGAGUUUCCGGGGGGACAGCGCGCGGCCCGGGUCUCGGUCGCAGAGCCCACCGAGCUCCGCACCCCCGCCGCUCAGCUGAUCUCUGGGUCCUGGGCGAACAACAGCCUGAGUGGCCGGCCAAGCAGGUGCCGCCGGCGGGGCCGGAGGUCCUGAGGAUGUUUACGGUGUUCCGGAAGCCCAAGACGUUCAAGCUGCGGGCUCUGCACAGGACGAAGAAGUUUGGGGUGGCGGGGAGGAGCUACCAGGAGGUGCUGCGGAAGGGGUGCUUCCACUUCCAGCUCCCCAUCACCGGCUCCCGCCUGUGCCUCUACGAAGACGGCACCGAGCUCACCGGAGACUACUUCUCGAGUGUCCCUGACAACUCGGAACUCGUGCUUCUCACCUCAGGCCAGACCUGGCAAGGCUCGCUCAAAGGACCGCCGGCUUUUCUGUCUGUGACUCUUCUGGUGGCAGAUGUGAGUGACAUCCAUCACUUCCUCCACGCAUUCCACAAGCCGCAGGCGGGGCUCAUCCAGGCUGCCCGGCAGCUGCUCUCCGGGGAGCAGGCCCCGCUGCGGCAGAAACUGCUGGCCGACCUCCUGCACACCGUCAGCGAGAACACCGAGGCUGAGACCAGGGCCGAGGACCCGCCGUGGUUCGAAGGUCUGGAGUCUCGAUUCAAGAAUAAGUCUGGCUACCUGAGGCACAGCUGCGAGAGCCGUAUCCGGAGCUACCUGAGAGAGGUGAGCGCUUCUGCCUCCACGGUGGGCGCGGAGGCUCAGGAGGAGUACGUCCGGAUUGUUGGCCUCAUGUGCCGGAAGCUCAGGGCGGAGCAGUACCACAGCAGCUACUUCGACAGAGGAGCCAAGGCGGACAGCCGGCUCUGCACACCCGAAGGCUGGUUCUCCUGCCAGGGUCCCUUUGACGUGGACAGCUGUGCAUCCAAACACUCCAUCAACCCCUACGGUAACAGGGAGAGCCGGAUUCUCUUUAGUACGUGGAACCUGGACCACAUACUCUUUUCUGGAACAUAAUGAUGUCCUUGUCUCUGCUUUGUGAAGACAGGUCUUUCCAGUGCCCUUCAAGUGGCUCUAUCACUUUGGGGACAGGUGGCUUUGCACAUGUGUAGGACAUCACAGGGACAGCUGAGGCUCACUUUCCACCCCUCCUGGAUGCACCCCUGUCCUCGCCGGGGAACCGCUCUGCUGCCAUUUGCGAGCGUCCCUGUGAUGCCUGUUUAUGUAGACCUUUACCCUGUAGGUAUGAUUUGAAAAUGGACAUAAGUGGUAGCACAUGUGGUGACUCUACACCGGGCUUUUCCGUCCUAUGUCGUGCUCGCGGGGAUGCGUUUGUGGGUUUCGUGCACUCAUUUCACCAGGUGCAGAGUGCCUCGCUCUUUCAAGAGAGUAUCGUUUGAAUAUCCGUUUCCAUCCCGGUGGGCGCUUCUGGCCGUCCACCUUCCGCUAUUACAGAGCCCCCUGGGCUGAGCGCGCACGCGGGACCGACCUGCGUGGCCAUGUGGGUGUGGCCCGUGGACUGGCAGCGUCCUCAGCAUGUGGGGACUGGUCAGGAAUGCAGAUUCUCGGGCUCCGCGCACCGUUUCCCGGGUGCUGGGGAUUGGGGUGCACGUUCAGGUGAGGAGGCUGUCCUGGUGCCCGAGCUGAGGAGCUGCGCUCCCCUCUAGGUAGGGUGCCAGGUCUCACCCCUUCGAUGUGCACGGAGCACCCAGAGACGAUUGCCGGGUUCUCCAGGUCCUCUGUCGGCUACUUUCCGUGACCCGCUGGGGCGUGGGGACAUCGAUCUGGGGGCGGUCCCAGCACUCAAGGGGCGGAGCAGGCCAGCCUGGAGCAGAGUGCAGACGAAGCAGCAGAGGCCGGAGCGGGGUUGCCUGACACCUUGGUUUCAGGUGCAUUUUCUCUGUCUCAAUACAGUACUUCUGUUUUCCGGCAAAUCGGCCCGCUUCUCUGCACGCGUCUGACUUCCGGUUUUCUGUCCUAUUUCAGGCUCGUUUCUCCCAGGAGGGUCCUGUGGGCACUAAAUGUUCUUUGGUCUUGGAAAAUGUCCCUCUGGCCUCUACUCCUGCGUGGUCAUUUAGCGAUACUGAAUUCUGGGCGGUGGGUGUCCCACCUUCAGAACUUUGAAGACGUGCUCACACUGUCCCGGCGUCUGCUCGGGAGAAUUCUGCCCACAGCCUGUUCUCUGCCAUUUCUGCGGACAUUGCAGAUUUUCCCUUUCUCUUUGAGCAUGGCGUGUGUGCGGGUUUAGAUCCUUAAAUUCUGACCGGGGCUUGUCUUUGUUCCGAAGACAAGUUUCUUUUGUUUUGGAAAACACCUAAGUAUUUUUUAGUUACCCCUUCUCGGCUUCUCUCUGUCCGGCUUCUCUGGAGCUCCCGCUGGCCGCACGUUGGACCUUCUCGUCCUGUCUCCCUUGUGCUGUGGGGGUGGUGUCGGGGAGCCCUCCGAGGCCUCUCAGCGGUCUGUUUCAGAGUGCUCUAGCCCAGGUCCUCCGCCGGGGUCCUCGCCCUUUGCGGUGUGCUCCUUGUGACAUCUGUGCAUCUGGAUUCAGAGUCCACCCUCGGUGGGGACUGUGUUUUCUGUGCACUGGCUUGUCGUGUCCCCACAGGGUGGUUUUGCAUUUGUUUCUGCCGGACACUCACGGAAAGCCAAGGCUUCCCGUGGCUCUGAAACAGCGGAGUAUUAAUUUCUGGCUUGGGUCCCGUCCCCUGUGGCAGGUACAGUCGGACUGUGGGUCUGUGUGAACGGUGAGCCGAGGGUCCUGGGUUUCCUGGUGACUGUGGAAAUGGUCACGCUGUUGGUGCGCCCGAAUCAUGCUUCCUGGGGCCUCUACCUUGUGUGUUGUCCUCACCCCUCCCGCUGCUGACUGAGGCUCGGCCAUGUGGCUCCAGCACACAGGACGCCAGCGGACGCCUGACACGUGCUUGUGCGCUGGGGCUCCUUCUCUUUGAGCGCUGGUGUCAGUGGGGAGGGCCCUGGCCUGGCCUCCUUGAGGGUGAAAGGCGCCAUGGGGAGCAAGGCCGCCCCCAGCCAGCCCUCCAGCGUCGCGCUGCCACAGGAGCGGUCGGGGCCAGCGGGCGCCCCCCCCCCUUCUGGGGCUGGGCAGGCAGCAGUAGGUAGAGGGUAGGGUGGCUUCCCCUCCCUCCCAGAGCCCCGGGCGCCCCUGCCGCUUCCCUUCCGCUUUAAUGGCUGGACUGGGGUCUCGGUCCCACCUCCCUGGCCCUCCCCUUGGGCCUCUGUCGGGACCAGAGCCCCAGUGGGCUGCAGGAGGGUGGCUCGCCCCUGCGGAUCAAGUGUGGACUUGAGUUCCUGGCAGUGGGGAGCCCUCACCUGCUCAGCUUUGUACCUCUUUUCCCUUUU